AUGAAGUUGAAUCCGGAGAAGUGCGCGUUUGGCAUUAAGGCCGGGAAGUUCCUGGGGUACUUAGUGAGUCAGAGAGGCAUAGAGGCGAACCCAGAAAAGAUUCAAGCCAUCCUAGACAUGGUGGCACCACAAAGCAUCAGAGAAGUCCAGAAAUUGAACGGAAGAGUGACAGCGUUGGGGCGAUUUGUUUCUUCAUCUGCGAAGAGAUGUCCCCCCUUUUUCAAACAACUGCGCAACAUGAAAAAAUUCGAAUGGAAUGAGGAAUGUCAGAAAGCUUUCGAAGAAUUGAAGGUCUUUUUAACCAGCCCGCCGUUACUAAGUCGGCCAAAGGCGGGAGAAGUUUUAUACUUGUACCUAUCAACAGGUAAAGAAACGAUCGCGUCGGUACUAGUAAGAGAUGAAGAAGAAGAGCAGUUGCCCAUUUACUACUCCAGCAGGACGUUGAAAGGCGCAGAGUUAAAUUACCCAACAAUUGACAAUUUGGCAUUGAUGGUGGUAGUAGCAGCAAAGAAGUUAAGGCCAUAUUUUCAAGGGCAUACAGUCAUUAUACGCAAUAACCAACCUCUGAGGAAGGCAUUGCAGAGACCGGAAACUUCAGGAAGGAUGGUUAGCUGGUCCGUCCAGUUGGGGGAACAUGAUAUACGAUAUGAGCCGAGGAAAACAUUAAAGGCACAAGCACUCUCAGACUUUGUAAUAGAGAUGACGGAGAAACCAGACACCGAAGAACCCAGAGAAGCAGUUACUUGGAAUCUCUACGUAGAUGGAGCGUCCAAUGACCUCGGAGCUGGAGCAGGUGUUGUUGGAAGGACCGAUGGGAAUAACAAUCGAGUAUGCAAAUAUGAAGCUCUCAUAACAGGAUUGUCAAUUGUGAAAGCAAUGAAAACCGAAGUCCUACGAGUCCAUAGAAAUUCCCAGUUAGUCACAGGACGAAUAGGAGGACAGUUCCAAGCAAAAGAGGCAAAUAUGGCAAGAUAUAUGGAGAAAGCAAAAGAGCUCUUGAAUGACAUAGAGAGAUUCGGAGGAGAAUGGGAGAUCUGCCCCAUACCCAGAGAAGAGAAUGCACCCGCAGAUGCAAUCGCCCAAGCAGCGGCCGCAAAGAACCAGUAUUUCAUGGAGAUGAAAAUGAAAGAAGAGCGCUCCGCUUCUUCCGUAGAGGCAGAGGAGGAAGUGCUACCUAUUGAAGAAGUAGAUACCUGGAUGCAGAAACUAUUGGCAUACCUAACAGAAGGCACUCUCCCAGAACAAACAGCUGAAGCAGCAAAAGUAGUUCGACAGUCAGCAUCGUACUCAGUCCUAGAAGGAGUACUUUACAGGGCAUCAGCUACGCACCCAUGGUCUCGAUGCCUGACGAAGACAGAGGGCCUAUAUGUUCUGCAGGUGAUUCAUGAGGGGAUCUGCGGGGCCCAUGAGGCAUCAGCAGCCCUAGUUAGGAAAGCAUCCUUACAAGGUUUCUACUGGCUAUCCAUGAAGAAAGACGCAGAAGAACUAGUACUUAAAUGUGAUAAGUGUCAGAAGUUCGGCGCAGUAAUACGAACACCAGCAUCUGAGCAACACCCCAUCGGUAGUCCAUGGCCGUUCAUGACCUGGAGCGUAGACAUACUAGGACCUUUCCCCCAGCGAGGGGACAAGUAA